AUGGCGCGGCUGGCGCGGGCCCCGCUGCUACUUCUUGCUGCCCUGGUCUACGUGGCAUGUCGGGCAUCGCAGCGGGCUGCGGCCUGGAUCAUCCCGAGCCGGGGCCAGGUCACACCCAGGGCUUCCAAGCUGCCGCUGCGAGCAGAAGCAGCCAGCCCGGCGGCAGGACGCUAUGCGCCGCCUGCGGACCUGACAGCUCCAGCUCUUUGUGAGAGGAGCUCAUCCGGCUUGGCCUGGAAAGUGCUGGAGCAGGGCGACGGCGGGCUUCCCCCGCUCCGGUCGGACACGGUCAUCGUCAGGUACACCGGAUGGAAGGCGAGCAAUGGGGACUUGAUUGACAGCUCCUACUUGAGACAGGAGCAGACGAAGGUAAAGAUUACAAGCGUCAUCCCAGGAUGGCAGGAAGGUCUUCAAAUGAUGUCGCCAGGGGAGAAGCGGCGGUUCUGGAUCCCAGCAGAGCUCGGAUUUGGCGUGGAGGGCAUCGACGAUCCUGAAGAAGCAGCUGGGCCACUUGGUGCCACCGUGUACGACGUGGAGUUCGUGGAGGUCACUGAGCCAGAUGCGGAUCCCAUCUUCGUUUACAUCGGUGUGGGAGCUGCUUUCCUCCUGGCCCUGACGACGCUUUUCUCGGCUGUCAAUGAGGAGCCUGAGAGGCGGGAGUAUGAGACUUCGGCUCCCUUCUCGAUCUUCGAGCGGCCAGACAGAUGA